AAAGAAAGAAAGAAAGAAAGAAAGAAAGAAAGAAAGAAAGAAAGAAAGAAAGAGAAAAGCCUUGCUUGACUGUGUCUGAACACAGUACUUUCACGAAGAGCAGUAAACUGAAUAUCCCAAACUUAUGCUAAAAUCCAAGCAUAUCCGUUUUUUAAAGGACGGAGAAUGUUUACUUGCAGUGGAAAAUGAAAUCAAAUUUAGUGACAGGCGUUUUUAAGUACACAACAGGGUUGGAUGGCCAAAGAGAAAUAGCCUGGACACACACACACCACGUUUUAGGAUACAGAGCUAUAAGCAGUCUAGGCUUAACGCCUGCCUCUUCAUGAUUAAAAAGGAUAAUAAUAACAACAAAUUAACAAUAUAUUUCAGGAAGUCAAUACAUUACAAAUGCAGCCUCGUUACCAUACUAGAGGAAAUUAAAAAAAAAAAAAAAUGCUGCAGCUUGAGACGACGAGUCUUUUAUUUCCCUUUUUGGAUGCAUUUCAUGUGUUUUCCCAAACACUUAGGCUGAGGGACAUGCCUACCGAAACACAAAUAUGCACAGAACUCGCACACACACAUACGCACGGACAGAUAAGAUAUGUAUUAGAUUCUGACACAUACGGGGUGGGGGGAAGAGCAGGAGAGAGUGAGAGAGAGAGGGAGAGAGAGAGAGAUCCUCCUACCUGGAGCCAUAGAUUGCAAGAUACGUAGUGUUACCUGGGGAAGUCAGAACAAGUAAAAACACAUUGAACUUCAGGGCUCUAUGAGGCAGUUGAUCAAGAUCAGUGCUUGCUCAUUUUCUUCUUCAGACUGUCUGUCUUGGGUUUUUGUUUUACCGUUUUGAGCAGGUCUUUCUAUUUUCCUUCCUCUUUAGCUUUACUAUCGGAGCCGGUUUUGGUCACCAUGGCUCUGGGAAGAGCUGCUUAUCAGUACGUUGUUGAUUUUUCACAGUGGCCGGCUUUGCUUCUGGGCAGCUUCAGAAAUGUUCUCGACUAGGAUUUAAUCGACAAGAUCAAUUCGACUUUUUGUGCAGUUUUUAUGGCUCAGUCCAUUCCCUAGAUCAUGCACAGAAACUUUCGGAAGUGGAUUUUCUACGUGUUUCUAUGCUUUGGAGUCAUCUAUGUCAAACUAGGAGCUUUGUCAUCUGUGGUGGCUUUAGGAGCUAAUAUCAUCUGCAACAAAAUCCCAGGCUUGGCCCCUCGGCAGCGAGCAAUCUGCCAGAGCCGCCCUGAUGCCAUCAUUGUGAUUGGAGAAGGGGCGCAAAUGGGAAUCAAUGAGUGCCAGUACCAGUUUCGGUAUGGGAGGUGGAACUGCUCUGCGCUGGGAGAGAAAACAGUCUUUGGACAAGAGCUUCGAGUAGGAAGCAGGGAAGCUGCGUUCACCUAUGCCAUUACUGCUGCCGGGGUUGCACACGCUGUCACGGCCGCCUGCAGCCAGGGCAACCUCAGCAAUUGUGGCUGUGACCGAGAGAAACAGGGCUACUACAACCAGGAGGAGGGCUGGAAGUGGGGAGGCUGCUCUGCGGAUAUCAGAUACGGCAUUGAGUUCUCCCGGAGGUUUGUUGAUGCCCGAGAAAUCAAAAAGAAUGCACGGAGGCUGAUGAACUUGCACAACAAUGAGGCUGGAAGAAAGGUGCUUGAAGAGAGAAUGAAAUUGGAGUGCAAGUGUCAUGGAGUUUCAGGUUCCUGCACAACCAAGACUUGCUGGACCACACUUCCUAAAUUCAGAGAGAUUGGAUAUAUUUUGAAAGAGAAAUACAAUGCUGCAGUGCAAGUGGAGGUGGUACGAGCCAGCAGACUAAGACAGCCAACUUUCCUGAAGAUUAAGCAGAUCAAGAGUUACCAGAAACCAAUGGAAACAGAUUUAGUAUAUAUCGAAAAGUCACCCAACUACUGUGAGGAAGAUGCUUCCACGGGGAGCGUUGGUACCCAGGGACGACUCUGUAACCGAACCUCUCCCAACGCAGAUGGAUGUGACAUGAUGUGCUGCGGAAGAGGUUACAACACACACCAGUACACCAAGGUGUGGCAGUGUAAUUGCAAAUUCCACUGGUGCUGCUUUGUGAAGUGCAACACAUGUAGCGAGCGGACAGAGGUGUUCACCUGCAAAUAAUGGCAUCGUGCGCAAAUGAAGAGAGCAAAUUGCCACAAGUGAAGACAGUGGAGUACAACGAAUGACGACAGCAUCAUUUUGCACAUCUAAUCUUCUUUGGGAAAAAAAUAAAUCAACACAACAACCAAUCUCUCCCCACUACUUACACCUCUACGGAUGGUGCAUUUUGGCUGGCAGGAUGUUUUGACUGCUUUGGAAACAAGGGCAACAGGAUUAAGGUGAUGUUGACAACUACAUGACAACCUUUUCUCUCUCUGUCUCUCUUUUUUUUUUUUUUUUUAAACUACAAUCUGGGUGUUGUAGAGUUCUCCUAGUAAGUGUUUUAAGUUAUACAUAUCAGAGAAGCUGAUUGCAUUACAGCUCCCAUGAAAUUUUAAAGAAAAAGACACAUUCUCAUAUUUUACGACAACAAAAGCACAAAGCCCUGUGCAAAUAAAGACUUUUUUUUUUUUUAGGAAAUGAAAUCUUCACUGACUAGAACAAAGCAGUCUUGCUGCAAAAAAAAUUGCUAAGAAAGCAGGUAGAGAGAAAACUACAGCUGGUAGGGAGACAAAAUCUGUGGCGGAAGUACUCCACUAUCAGCUUGAAAAAAUAAAGUUCACAAAAUUACAUCAGUUGCCAGUGACACUGGAACUCUUUGAAUGAACAUUAAAAAUAAUUAUUUAUGUUUUUAAUAGUAUCAAAAAUUCUAAGCACUAACGGGUAGCUAUGUCUUAAUUCUGUACUAAAUGUAAACUGAUUGGAACUCUGACUUUAUGAUUUUUGUAUUUGGUUCUCCCUAAGUUCUUCAAUGCUACUGAUCUGUUGUCACUCCACUAGUAGAGAGUUCGAUUACUGUAGGCCUUAAGCAAUGACCAGAACUGAACAAAAAGAUCAUGUGAAGCUGUGGUUACAGAUGCUUGAUGAAGACUUUCCCCACUUUCCUCCUUAAUAAGAAUGACUCUUCUAGAUUCAGGCUUCAGGUGGGGAUCACCUACCCUCAGCUCCUUGUAGGGAGUUUCAGGAUAUCAAGUCAUGCUCUGACAAAAAUUAAAGAUUUGCUUUGCAGUCAAAUGCACUGGCAGGAUCUUCCAAGCAUGUCACUGCUUUUAAAGGUUAAAACAUAAUAUUAUCUUUAGUUUUUGAAAAAAGUAUGCUCAGCAUGAGCUGCGAAGUUAAUAAAAAUAUGGUAGCUGAACACUAGGUUGCUGCAACCUGUGAGCCACGGUGGCUUCAUGAGCAUAAGAAAGCUAAAAUUUGGGUUAGUCUGUGUCAUCGUUAUUUUAAGGUUGGCAAUAACAUAAGCCCAGUAAAUGCAUGAAAGUUAAGAAAAAAGUGGACUUUUUACACCACCAUUCAAUUCUAAUUUACAUACCUUUUCCCUGUGAGAGAUUUUUUUAAAAAAAUCCUCAGAUCUUUUACUACUGUAGAACCUAGUGGUUUAAACCCCAAGUGCCAGAUACUCCCAGGUACAAUACAGCACAUUUAAUCACAUUAAUUUGCUUGCAUAAGGGAUCCUUAGCUGAAUUUCAGAAAAGUUGGAUUAAAAAUUUCCUAAUGUAUGUGUAUCUGCAUUUCUAGUUUUCAUUUCAUCCUGUUACCUUUUGUGAGGGGCUGCACAGCCAUGAGGCCUCCUCACCCAAUAUGGGAGCACGUACUACACCACAUUGUGCUCUUGGUGCAAGGGGCCAGUGGAGCUGCCAUGAUGCCAGCUCCCAUGCUGAGUAUGUGGAUGAUCCAGGACUACCUCCCAAAUUUGUGGGCCCGUGUUAUCUAAGGUAGCCAGCCGCCUGGGCAUCUUGGUUUGAAUGCUCAUGAGGUCCUGCCUUUCUGACCACAACCCUUUCUUACACUCUGAAAAUCAUAUCCUUUCGAUGAGUGUUCCAAGGAUCAACCCAAACUCAAAUCACUCAUGCUUUUUUGUUGUUGCUGCUGGUUUCUAAGUGCCAACUAGAGGUUCGAACUCAGCCUUGGCAUAAAUGAGUGCAACCCCACAGAAGUAAGCAGGGGCCCCCAAAAUGCUAGAGUCAAUUGAUAUAAUUUAAAGUUCAUUAGAUUUAUGGGUAUUGUUGUUGAACAAUAGUGGUAUACUGUACUUUCACUACACUCUUGACAGGAAGCAAAUAAAGCUCCCAAGCACAGUAAUGCACAGUCUUACGGUACUAGAUACUGUAAAUAUAUUAGAAUAGUAUUUGUUAAGUACAACUGAGGAAUCCAAUUAAGUUAUAUUAUUGUAUAUCGUUUAAAUGUCUAUAGAGUAUUUUAAAUUAUUGUGAACUACACUGCGUUAAGAAAUGAAAAAAGGUUAUAUAUCAUAACACCAUCCACUCUGAAAAGUGGACCAAAAUGACUCUUUUUUUUACACACCCCUAUUUCAAAUAGCUCUGUCAGCUAUUGUAACAGUCCUACAAUUGGAUUAGCUGUCUAUAAUAUAAUGUUUCAGAGCAUCCUAUAAAAGCCUUGCUCAUGUGGGGGUGCAGCAUUCAGAAAAGUACUGUAUGGCACAAAACAGGGGAUGACCACAGUGCAUGGACUUUGAACUAUGUCUCAAGAAAAAGCGGUUUUGGUCAGAAAACACCAUCACCACUAAUACACUGAAACAUCGGAAAAAAAAAAAAAAAAAAAAAAGACAAAAAAAUAAGACAACCUUUUCACAAAGGUGUUUAUGAACAGAAGUAGGUUACACACAACUUUUCUUUUAAAAAAAUGUAGUUUGAUGUCAAAGAACUGUGACAAUAGGUGUUUGAACA